CAGAUACAAGCGCUGAACUCUCCAUUCAGAAGAUGAGAUUAUCGUACGCAAUAACAGACACCAGAUAAGAAUAGCGGCUUCUCUAACGAGGAGAGCGUGUGGGAGGAGACGGAACUUCCUCCACUCGACUCUAUUUGCGCUUCGACAAACUCAACUCAACCUCAACCUGUCACAAUCUCCGCUUCGUUGUAGAUUAAACGUCAAACUCGAAUGUCGACGUCUGACGGCGCCUCCGGCCCGAAUCGCAGGAGCUGUCGAAGGGCAACAUCCGGGUCCUGAUGAUGCAGAUCCAGAGCGCGGAGCGGAUGAGGACUCGUCUCUGAGCGCUGGGAAGCGAUUUACGCGCCACAAUGGCUGAUGAUUGUGUGUUGUUUCCUAUAAUUGAGGUUCACUACGGUUGUGGAGCAGUGAGGUGCGAUCGGCCGACUGCAGCUGCAGCUCUGUAACAUUAACACACAAACUUCACAGCUGCUCCGCGUCUAUUUAUGGCGGCUCCAGACAACUGCUCGUUUGUCUCUGUAGUUUCCUCAGCUCGCGCAGGAUUAUGAGAACGGGCCGCGUUUGAUAAACGAGCUCCAACUUCGGCGAACUGUGGAAAAAAAACACAAAAAACCACAACAUAUCAGCUCACAGGACGUGUGGCCUAUUUCCACACGGAGGUGACUCAUGCUCGGGUCACGUGAGGACCUUAAUAAGCGCUUUAAGCUAUUCAUUAAAAGCACAAGCUCCGUGUGUGCCGACGCUCUGUGUUGCUUUGGGUGGAGAGGGCACGUUUGUUUGUUCUGAGGCUGAUCUGGGAUCUGUCAGCCGCGACUCCGCCUCCAUCUCCAACAACCUGCAGGAGGGAGGCGGAAUAUCAGGAUGCUGCGAAAUGCAUCACGAGCGCCCGUCGGUGUCACGUCCAGUGGAUGGAGGCCCUCGCGCCUGCCUGUAGUGCCUCUGAGCAAGGCUUUCAACCCCGGUGGCCACAGCUCAGGCUGUGGGGCGUUGCUCUAAGUAGAAGCUGCCCUACGAAACUGCUGUGAGUAAAUAAAGGUGUAAAAACCUGAAUCAACUCCACGGAGCCGAGCUAAAGCGGCGACGGUGACAUUUAGCGCCGCAUAACAAACACUUAGUCAAAUGAAGGCUCGUAACGAGGUCCCGCUUCCUCCCGCCGCUGCCGCCGAGCGCCGCGUGGGUCGGACGGAGGCGCAGAUGGGGCGCCAUCAGUCACCGCGCUCACCGGUCACCGGUCACAGGAGGGAGUCAGAGCAUCACAUGUGGGGAGGCUUCAGAUGCAGAGAAAUGUGGGAAAUACAGUCAGAGUGGGAAACUCUGAAGGGGGCAGUUUGCCUAAAGAUUAUUAUCAGAGAAAAUGCCUGCAUGCACACAUUCAUCAGACAUCAGCUUUCAUCCUGUUCAGAGCAAACCUGACUGCACCCGUAAGGACCGGCUCCAUUUGACUUUCAAAGUGGCCCAAGGUUCUCUGAUUUGAUCCACGCAGCCACUCGACCGCCGCCGUUCGCCGCGACGAGGCCACAUUGCUAAAUGGAAACGCGAUCAUUCAUAAUCAGCGAGGUGCGUCCGCCUCGUUAGACGCAGGCAGAGGCCAUGGCGUUCUUUUUGUGAUUCAUGGCAGCAUCCGACUGUUAAUUUGCGCCUCUGUAAUCUGAUUGAAUGUGCUGAUAACUAGACGUUUCAUGCUGCAGACAGGGGACGUGGGCGAAUACACAGUGUGCCACAACAUGAAAAAAAUAAAAAAAGUCUAUAAAUGAUAUAUUUGCCUCCUAAAGGCCACGUUUAUAACAAUGACUCAGAUUUAAGUGCACAACAUAAUAAAAAAUAGUGGACAGAAUGACGGUAAAAGGGUGAAAAGAUCUGCAGAUGAAACGUGAGAUGCUCCAUUUUUUGUUAAUUAUUCACACAAUAAACAGACGUGCUCUGACUGUGGAUGCUGCCUUCCGGAGCCAAACCAAAGACUCCUCGCGCGGUUCUCAAAACUUGACCGCGUCCGUGCGCAGCCUGCGUCCACAGCCCACUCGUGAAUUCGCGUGGCUCUGUGCUCGUUCGCCGCGUCCGCGUCCGAGGCGCGCCGGGAAUUCAAACCGCAGCCUUAUUUAUGAGCCUCGUCCGCCGCACUCGACGGCCCGAUGGGCGGGGCCGGCGGAGCCGCGGCGCAGCACGUGACGCCGCUCGCAGGAGCGACGCCUCAUAAGUGUGAGCGCGCGGAGACGGAGGCUGGAGAGACGCGCAGCCAGCGGCGGCGCGAGCAGCCCGUGUCCGACGCACGAGCGCACUCCGGGAGCGGCGGGGCACUUUUACCAACUUGUGUUUGCGUUUCUCGUCCGAAAAAUAAAAGUCAUGGCCUCAGCUCUGCCGUGAACGGACGCGCGGCUCGUCUCCGCUUGUGGAUGUUGAGCUUCUGGUUUGGAUUAACGCGCGGUGAAAAGGGGCGAAUCUGCGCAUUGGGGAAAAUUAUGUAAGGUUGUCCGGGCAUCUCGCGCUGCGGUGUCUCCCUCAGACAGAGCCAUGAAAUCGGUGCUGGAUGGCGUGGCCGACACCACCUUCCGGACCAUCACCUCUGGCUUACAGUACCUGGGCUCCAACGACGCCAACUACGACGACCCCAUCGGCGACGCCGGCUUCAAGGGCGGCUUCUCGGCGCAGAAGCCGCUGUCGGCGUUCCGCAGCAACUCCUUCCCCAACAAGGUUCCCCCGGAGGAGGAGCUGAUCCUCAAGGGCGCCCCCUUCUACCCCACCAAUGCCACGGACCUGUUCGGCAACAGGACGGCCUUCAGGGACGAGGCCGACACCAUCCAGUGCGGGGAGAACUUCAUGGACAUGGAGUGCUUCAUGAUCCUGACGCCCAGCCAGCAGCUGGCCGUGGCCGUGCUGUCGCUGACGCUGGGCUCCUUCACGGUGCUGGAGAACCUGGUGGUGCUGUGCGUGAUCCUCAAGUCGCGCACGCUGCGCUGCCGCCCGUCCUACCACUUCAUCGGCAGCCUGGCGGUGGCCGACCUGCUGGGCAGCGUCAUCUUCGUCUACAGCUUCCUGGACUUCCACGUGUUCCACCGGAAGGACGGCCCCAGCGUGUUCCUCUUCAAGCUGGGCGGCGUCACGGCGUCGUUCACCGCGUCCGUCGGCAGCCUCUUCCUCACGGCCAUCGACCGCUACAUCUCCAUCCACCGGCCGCUCGCCUACCGGCGCAUCGUGACCCGGACCCGGGCCGUCAUCGCCUUCUGCAUGAUGUGGACCAUCUCCAUCGCCAUCGCGGCGCUGCCGCUCCUGGGCUGGAACUGCAAGCGCCUCAACUCGGUGUGCUCGGACAUCUUCCCGCUCAUCGACGAGAACUACCUGAUGUUCUGGAUCAGCGUGACCAGCGUGCUGGUGCUGUUCAUCAUCUACGCCUACAUCUACAUCCUGUGGAAGGCGCACCACCACGCCGUGCGCAUGCUGAGCCGCGCCUCCCAGAAGAGCCUGGUGGUGUACUCGGCCGACGGCACCAAGGUGCAGAGCGCGCGGCCCGACCAGGCCCGCAUGGACAUCCGCCUGGCCAAGACCCUGGUGCUGAUCCUGGUGGUGCUGGUGAUCUGCUGGGGCCCGCUGCUCGCCAUCAUGGUCUACGACCUCUUCUGGCGCAUGGACGACGACAUCAAGACGGUGUUCGCGUUCUGCAGCAUGCUCUGCCUGCUGAACUCCACCGUCAACCCCAUCAUCUACGCCCUGCGGAGCAAGGACCUGCGCCACGCCUUCCUCAGCUCCUGCACCGCCUGCAGGGGCAGCGCCCAGCCGCUGGACAACAGCCUGGAGUCGGACUGUCAGAACCGACACGCCCACAUUUCCGCCCACCGGGCCGCGGAGAGCUGCGUGAAGACCACUGUGAAAAUAGCCAAAGUGACCAUGUCGGUGUCGGCGGAGACCUCCGCGGAGGCCGUCUAAGUCGAACGUCAUCCUCCCCAAAGCAAACCGUCCGACGCACAAAUGCGGACGUUAGGCGUUAGAUGCAGAAAAAAAACAAAGCCCGUGUCGAGUCGCAUCCUCACAUUGACGCUUCAGUGGCUGCAUUAUUUCACGUCCCUGUGUGAGAUCAUCGUGUGCCAAAGUGCCAAAUGGUGACGCGAGGUCAUAGAAAGGACUGGAGGUUUGACACAGGUAUCGAAGACCAUCACAAGUCUGCUGUUUACCAUAGACUUCAUGAUAUAUAAGAGUGAAGGGAGAUUAUAUUUUUGUACUGUAAAUUCAAGUUUUGAAAACAAUAUAUCUUCAUGUAUGGGAUAAGGGGCUACUGACGUUUCUAAUUAGACUUGUGUCCUGGUUCAUGUCCGUGUCACGAGCAAAUGCUGAAGAAAAAGCUCAUCUCGACUGAUUGUUUGUGUCCAAAAAUGACGUCAAACGUGUACUUUUUGUAAUUGCCGCGACGCUCAGCGAGCGGCGAACGCUGGCGGAGGUUCUGCCGAGGAACGAGCAGCGAUUCGUCUUCAGGACGAGUGAAAUGAAAAAUUUAAAAAACGCAUUCAUCACCAUCACGAGGCGAACAGAGGUAAAUGAAGGCGCAGCUGUGGAGCGCAGAGUCUGGAAUGGCAUCGACGGCCGCUGUUUUCCAUUCUUCACCCGCUGGCUGUCGAACCUCUAGAGUAGUGUGUGUCUUUGUUCCAGUGUGUAUCUAACGGUGUACAGUGUUUUCUUGCUAAAUAAAGUGUUGAAACCGACUCAUUCAGCUGAACAGCCAACGUCCGACAACAAGCUUUCGGCCAAAGCUUGAGUGCUUUCACUAAAAAUGUAUUUGGACAGAGUGCUGGUCACUGCUGUAACCAACUGACUAUAGCUGCGUUCGUGUGCGUGUGUGUGUGUGUGUGUGUGCGUGCGUGCGUGUGUGUGACUUUGUAAUAUAUUUCCAACCCCUGAGCGUUUUGACCAUUCGAGUGAGGUGUUUUUGUGCUACUGUUGCAGCGGGGCAUCAUGUCGGGAAAACAAAAGCAACCCAUGCACAGGUCUAGUGAAGUACCUUUGGAGUAACUCUAAAUAAAAAUGUGUCGGCUGUUAAUUUAUGUACUGAAAACAAGGACUCGACAAGGACUGUGUGUGCGUGUGUGUGUGCGUGUGUGUGUGUGUGUGUGUGUGUGUGGAAUCAGUGACUGACCUUACAAAAGAAUAAGAGAAUGUGUUUUUUCAUAUACAUGAUGUAUUUGAAUCUUGAAAUCUCACAGCACAAUUGUUCUGUAGACAUUUAUCUCGGUGUAAAGCUAUCCAGACAGCUGUUUAUCAGUACGCUUCGCUGCCUCUUGUAUUAUUGAGUAUUGACGAUCAAAAUGUCAACUGUUAAGUGGCUUCUUGUACAGUGGUGGCAUAAUGAGGACUAUGACUUAAAAAUCACUGUCGAGUGUGUUUUUAGUAUUGCUGUUUCCAAACUUUUGAAUAAAGUUGCAGCUGGUUGUCCUUC